AUGUCUCAGCUUUCCUGUUCAUUUGCGAUCUUCUGUGGAACGGAAUGCGAUUUCUCUUCGCGAUGGCCCGGACGGCAACAACUUAUACCACUAAAUUCGUGUGCCGAUGGCAUAAAGGAACAUCUUAGAGAUGUAAAUGUGUCUCAAUCGUGCGUUGUAUCCGAGAAAAAGCUCAUUUUAGCUCGCGUUGGUUUGUUUGAAGAUGAUCACGGUCUCGAUUUCACGAUCUGCCCCAAACAUCGCGCAGUCCUUGGAGUAAGAUUCCGACCACCAAAAAAAUGCCAACAUCCUCUUCACGGCAAUCGAAAGGGCAAAGGUGACAGAGGAGUCAAUCUGAAGACGGCAAAAGAAAUCAAGCGAAAGUGGAACACUGUAGUUCCAGUCGGUGCAGGUAAUUAAAAAGAUUUAAUUUUGCAUAGGGUGUUGUUACUGACUUGCUUACUUCCUAUGCGCACAGCAACUGAUAUGAAAGGCGGAGAGACAAACAUACUCAAUUGGACCGUGUGACCCGAAACGCAUAGAUCACGCGUGGAAGGGGAGGAUAGGCAAGGAAGGCCUUCCCACGAGGCUUUGGGCAACGUGGGUUAGUCAGACCCGUCCCUAGUCGUCUCUCAUUGAACCUCUCCCUUCUAGCAUAGGCGCGCAUGGUUUGAUGGGUAUGAUGUGUCUUGCGAAGUCGACUGGGGACGAGUUAGACCGAGACAACUUCGAAGGUGCUAAGCAACCUACCAAGCUAAGAUUGUUACUUCAGCUGUGUUUUUUUUACCUAUAUGCUGUUAAUUUACUAUCCAUUUUGAAAAUUCUGCUAUAAGACUUUUAAAAGUGUGUGAAAAUGAAAUUCGUGUCAUCGCAGGCGCCAAUAGCUUACUCAUCAGUACCAGGGCGCAUAGGUGUGAUAAUAAUUCUAGUAACUCGCGGACGAAUUUAAUUAAUUUUUCCUAAAUUAAGUAGCCGGGAUAACGGGGUUAGCUAGGAGAAAGGGGUUGGUAGUUUAUUAAUAGGGCACAUUUCCAACUAAUUUUAAUUCGAAAAACCCACUGAGUAUACUAUAAAAUGAAGACUUUAUAUGUAAAAAAAAUUCCUACUUACUAGGAAUAUGCAGAUACUGUAGAGGUGCCCACUCUGAAUUUAUGAGAGUGUGAGCCACCCUCUGUGUUGGCUACCUUAACUGAGGGAUCCCAAAUUUCUGCUACGCAAGAGGAGGAGUUUGUGGGUCACACUCCAGCGCCAUCUACAGAGCGCGUUGCAACAGAGUCAACUGAACCAGAAGAAGAGGAAUUUGUGUUACCACGUUUGCGAGUGCGAUUUCAAGAUGAGAUUUUGAGCGAGGUAGGAUUGAUGUGCCUCUUAAAUAUGUUUGAAUUAAUAAAUUUAAAAACUCCAAAACAGAACUCAUAAUAUAUUUAAUAAUGAGGUUAUCUUAUUUUGUUCUACUUAAUUUUUCACCUAAUUCGACUGCGUGGUUCAUGUAAAAGAGUAAUUAUAACCGCGUCGUUCGACUCACUCGCGGUUGCAUAUUUUGUGGAUAUUGUAGUAAAUUAUUACGGCAAUGGUGGGCGACGAAAGGGGUAACAUUAUUUCCCGUUCCCUACCCUGUGCUCGUUUUCGUCACCCCCCAAACUCGUACUUCAUGCUCGUCUCCUAGCAGCCUGCAGUUAACGUCCGCGCUCCGCAUAACUGCACUUAGCCUUGUAAAGCCUAUAGAAGAGGCAGAAGCAACUCUUACACCGAAUGACAUGUAUUUCUAAUUAUUUAGGGGCACAUUCGAUGCAUAGGUUCCUACCUCGCUAAAAAAAACUGUUCCUUUUAUUAUAGCAAAGCGAUCCGAAUUCAGAUAUCUUCUCAUCGUCCUCCCAAGGCUCGUUGGUAGAGGAAGAGACGUCUAGAGAGUGGCAACCAACACCCCAAGUUGAGCAUCAGUUGCAGCACCUCAACAGUUAUCUCCUUAAGUCAACUGAUGGCCGAAUCAGUCCAGUCAGGUCGCAAUGCAGGUCUGAUGUUGUGACUAUGCCGUCAUCGACGCGGCGCUAUUAUGGGAAAAAGGCAGAGCAAGUUGUUGAUUCCGUGUUGGAGGCUAUUGCACCGAGUAAUUCAUCAUGGCUGCCUCAACAGGUGAUUGCAAGGAACCAAAGCGGGCGUACUGUAUCUGGUGCUGCCGAGGACGACAGCCUGGUCUCUAGACUAGUAACGCUGUAUAAUGAAGCUAGAUCCUGGAACACCCAGCAACAGUUUCUCUCCCUCUUUGCUGGUGAUUACAGUAAGACAGAACUGCUGCAGCUUGUGCCAGGACUGACAAAGUUUAGGAUUGAUGAGGCCAGAAAACAUGCUUUUCAGACCAAGCCUGGAGAGCCUAUAGAGCCGCCAACCAUUACCAGAACAAGGCUGGAUCCCACUAAAAUCGACCAUUUCGUAGAUUUUGUAUCCAGUCCUUCAUUUCUUCAAGACGUUGCAUAUGGAACGAAAACUCUAAAGCUGUCAAGCGGAGAGAAAAUUGACAUACCUAACGUGGUGAGAACAGUCAUUUCGUCCCGUCUCAUCCAGCUGUAUCAAGCCUAUUGUACAGAAUCCGGCUUCACACCCCUUGGAAGAUCAACACUUUUCAAUAUCCUUAAGGUAUAG